CACGGAUGCUUAGAGUCAGCAAUUGCAUUACUUGAGGGCAGUGUGUCAGUGCAAUACAGGACGGCGUCCCAGCCAGCUUGAAGACUGCAGCCAUGGGUCUGUGGUUCGCCGUAGCGUUCAUCGCGUUUGCGUUGACACUUUUGAUUCGAUGGCGUAAAAAGAAGUUCUCAUAUUUCAAAGAACUUGGAAUUCCUGGACCAGAACCCAAUCUGAUCUGGGGUAAUCUAUGGGAGUAUCAUUCCUUGGGGCUGCACAAAGCGCUGGAUAAAUGGUGCAAGGAAUACGGGGACAUCUGCGGGUUCUAUAACGGCGACGUCCCAUUUCUCCUCAUCAAGGACCUGGAUUUCCUGGAGUAUGCUUAUAUCAAGAACUUCCAGAAUUUCACAGCUCGUGGG